AUGAACGUUUUAAAGCUGCAGAAGAAGUUCCCAGAGCUUGGGCAGGAGGAUUUGUUUCAGAUAAUUGAGCAGUUUAGGAAUAUUGACGUUGAAGACAACGGAUACGUUGAAAAGACAGAUGUGUUGGAGUCAAUCGCCAAGCAGGGUGCGGCCACGUACGAUGAGGCGCGGACAGCUUUGAAGCGUGUCGACGUGGAUGCGUCUGGGAGAGUGGAACUGGAUGAUUAUGUGGAGCUGGUGGCGAAGUUGAGGGAGCUAAAGCAGCAGCCGAAAGCCGCUGCAACACGGUCCGCUGGAAGCGAGGUGUCAUCGCUCACGGGCAGUAUGCAGCAGAGCCGGAUUGUGGUGGAGGGCAAGACGACCGGGACCACGCACACGAUCAACGAGGAAGAGCGGCGGGAAUUCACGAAGCACAUCAACAGCGUGCUUGCAGGGGACCCCGACAUCGGGGACAGACUGCCUUUUCCCACGGAUACCUUCCAGAUGUUUGACGACUGCCGCGAUGGGCUGGUGCUCUCGAAGCUGAUCAACGAUUCCGUGCCGGAUACGAUCGACACCAGAGUGCUCAACUGGCCGAAGAACGGAAAGCCGCUCAACAACUUCACUGCUUCGGAAAAUGCCAACAUCGUGAUCAAUUCUGCAAAGGCCAUCGGUUGCAUAGUUGUCAACGUCCACUCAGAGGAUAUUAUUGAGGGGAAGGAGCAUUUGAUCUUGGGUCUUAUCUGGCAGAUCAUCAGACGGGGCUUGUUAAGCAAGAUAGACAUCAAGCUGCACCCAGAGCUCUACCGUCUAUUGGAAGAUGACGAGACUCUCGAACAGUUCUUGAGGCUUCCUCCAGAGAAGAUUCUACUACGUUGGUUCAACUACCAUUUGCAGAAUGCAGGCUGGCACCGCCGGGUGGGAAACUUUUCCAAGGAUGUCGCCGAUGCGGAAAACUAUACCAUUCUUUUGAAUCAGUUGGCUCCUGAUUUGUGCUCUAAAGCACCUCUGCAGACAUCAGACCUUUUGCAGAGAGCUGAGGAAGUCCUUGUGAAUGCUGAGAAGCUGGAAUGUAGGAAGUACUUGACCCCUAAAGCGCUCGUGGCCGGUAAUCCAAAGUUGAACUUGGCUUUUGUUGCUCACCUAUUUAACACGCACCCAGGUUUGGAGCCCAUUGAUGAGAGCGAGAAGCCUGAGAUUGAGGAGUUUGAUGCUGAAGGUGAAAGAGAGGCCCGUGUUUUCACUUUGUGGUUGAACUCAUUAGAUGUCAACCCGCCAGUAGUGUCACUUUUCGAAGACUUGAAGGACGGCCUUGUCUUGCUCCAGGCAUAUGAUAAGGUAAUUCCAGGGGCUCUAAAUUCAAAGAGAAUCAACCAGAAGCCAAGCAAUGGUGUUGAACUUUCAAGAUUCAAAUCGCUGGAGAAUACCAACUACGCUGUUGAUCUAGGGAAAUCUAAAGGUUUUUCUCUGGUGGGCAUAGAGGGUUCCGAUAUUGUGGAUGGCAACAGGCUGUUGACCUUAGGUCUAGUCUGGCAGUUGAUGCGCAGAAACAUUGUCAACACAAUGUCCUCACUAGCUUCGUCUGGUAGAGAUAUGUCAGAUGCUCAGAUUCUAAAGUGGGCGCAAGGCCAAGUUGCCAAGGGUGGCAAAUCGAGCAGGAUUAUGUCUUUCCAGGAUGCUUCGUUGAGCAAUGCCCAUUUCCUAUUGGAUGUAUUGAACGGAUUAGCUCCAGGAUAUGUGGAUUAUGACUUGGUUACUCCCGGCCGUACAGAGGAAGAGAAGUAUGCAAACGCUAAAUUGGCAAUUUCUAUCGCGAGAAAACUUGGUGCUUUAAUCUGGUUGGUUCCUGAAGAUAUCAAUGAAGUCCGCCCGAGGUUGAUUUUGACAUUCGUUGCGUCUCUAAUGGCUCUCCAGAAGUAA